AAAACCGGCAUUCUAAUGUCAUCAUCUGUCAAAACUUAAGUCUAUUUUCAAUUUGUAAACAUUACUUGUAAAUCGUAUUAUUUAUUUAGAAAUAACUUGAAAACAGUGUCAAAUAGUAUUUUUUUUAAAUAUAAAGCUUGUGUUUAGUGUUCCAACAUGUUUGGAAACAGACCUAAGUUCAUAAAACCUGGUGACGAACCCCUCUACCCAACACGAAACAAGGACGGCCUCAUAGAGACAUUAAUUAACCCAAACAUAGACUCAGCACUAUCAGUAGACAAUGAUUCUAGCACCAGUUUUGUUUACAACCGGUACCACCACCUGCCAAUGGAAAGCCAGAGACAGAAGCUCCCGGUAUUCCAGUACAGGAAUCAUAUAUUGUAUCUGUUGGAGAAGCAUCAAACGCUUGUGUUGAUUGGUGAGACGGGCUGUGGUAAAUCUACGCAAGUUCCUCAGUACCUGCAGGAGAUAGGACACAAGGUGUGCGUGACGCAGCCGCGCGUUACCGCUGCGGUGUCGCUCGCGUGCCGCGUGGCCGAGGAGCGCGGCGAGGCGGUGGGCGCGAGCGUUGGAUACGCGGCCGCCAUGAUGAGCGUGCGCACGACAGAGACGGGGAUAGUGUUCAUGACGGAAGGCGUUCUUCUACGAGAGAUGUUCGCCUCGCCACUGCUCAUGCAGUACUCCUGCAUUGUGCUGGACGAGGUCCACGAGCGUUCUCAAAUGACAGAUGUCUUGAUGGGUCUACUGAAAAAAAUUGCCAAGAAACGCAAGACCCUCAAGCUAGUGAUAUCAUCAGCCACAAUGGACGCGGAGUUCCUGAAGGAGUUCUUCGACCUGUCGGACAAGCGCGGAACCAAACCCAGCACUUCGGUCAUAAUGGCGAUGCAGGGGCGGACGCAUCCGAUAGACAUACUGUAUGCUGAAGAACCAGUGCCCGACUACGUACAAGCGACGGUUGACACGGUCAUCAAAGUACACGAAGGGGAGCCGUUCGGAGACAUUCUGGCUUUUUUGACCUCUCAAGAAGAAAUAAAUAUAGCUCUAGAGAAGCUGCAGCUGUACGCCGACGACAACAACGAGAAGAACAAGCUCCGCCGACACUUCCCCAGCGGCAUGCGAGCUGCCGACCUUAGCGUCGUGCCGCUCUACGGCAGUCUGCCACACCAUCGACAGGUGCGCGCCUUUCAGUCGGCGGCACAUAACGUGAGGAAGGUGGUGCUGGCCACCAACAUAGCCGAGACCAGCGUCACCAUACCUGGAGUGGUAUAUGUGAUAGACUGCGGCUUCCACAAGCUGCCGUACUUCGAUCCCGCGGUGGGUGUGGAGAGCCUCGCCGUGUGCGCGGUCUCACGCAACAACGCCAUACAGAGAGCGGGCCGGGCCGGACGCACCGGACGCGGCAAGUGCUACAGAUUAUACACAGAGGCGGAGUACGACAAGCUGCCUCCCUCCGUGCCCCCCGAGAUGUGUCGCAGCGACCUCUCCUCUGUCCUGCUGCAGCUCAAGGCGUUGGGCAUACAUAACUUAUUAAGGUUCACAUUCCCCACUCCCCCUCCAGCUAAGAGCUUGCUCUCUAGUCUAGAAACUCUAUACGCUUUAAAGGCCAUAGACAAGCAAGGAGAUCUGACCCCACACACUGGGGUUUACAUGGCAGAAUUGCCUGUUAAACCCAUGUGUGCCAAGAUGCUGUGCAACAGCGGCGAAUUCGGAUGUAUCGACGAGGCGUUGUCUAUAGCCGCCAUGUUGCAAGUGGACGGAGUGUUCGCCAAGCCCAGCAGUGGGAAAGGGGUAGUCGCAGCUAGGAUAUCUAGAAGGAAUAACUUUGAAGUGGCUGAAGGCGACAUAAUAAUGUAUUUAAACAUAAUGGACGCUUACAUUAAACUAAAAUCAUCGCAUUCCGAUCAACACAGAUCAAGGAAGGCGUGCAAAGACUGGUGUCAGAAAAUGUACCUCAAUUACAAGGUCAUGGAGAAGGCAUUCGAAAUAAGAGAGAGUUUGGAGAAACUUUUAAAAGGAAAGUUCCAGAUGGAGAACAAAACUUUUGAAGGAAUAGAUUUGGGGACGGCAAAAUGCACACGCAUAAUGAAGUGUGUAUUGUCGGGCCACAUCCCGCAGGCGGCGAGUCUCAGCACCGACGCCACCUACAGGAGCAUCCGCGGCGCCGCACUACACAUCAGCCCCGACAGCUGCCUCUACAGGACGCAGCAGCCCAAGUGGGUGGUGUUCACGAGCGUGCAAAGUACGGGAGACAAGACGUACAUGCGGGACCUCAUGGUGAUACAGAAGGACUGGCUGCUCGAGAUAGCGCCGCAUUACUACACCGAGACUUGAAAUAAAAUUAUAAAAAAAAAAGUAUUUCCUC